AUGGGAACUGCUGAUAAUAUCAAAGACUUUGUGAGCGUUGGCCCCAUAGAGUUUUUCACCCCUGGCAAAGAUGGAGCAGCAAGAGCAACCAUUGGGGAUGAAGGAGGGCACGCGGGCACGUUCCAGCGUUCAGUGCCAACCAGGGAAUCUCUCCGGUCUCCCCGGGGGUCCGUCGUGAGUUUCCACAACAUCCAGUAUUCCAUCAAGCGGUCUCACGGGUUCCCCUGCAAGCCAACAGUGGUGGAGAAGAAAAUCCUUCAGAAUGUGUAUGGAAUUAUGAAGCCGGGCAUGAACGCUAUUCUGGGUCCAACUGGCAGCGGUAAAUCAUCUCUCCUAGAUGUUCUGGCUGCUCGAAAGGACCCUGCCGGCUUGUCUGGGGAUGUUCUUAUAGACGGUGCCCUGCAGCCUCCCAAUUUCAAGUGCAUCUCAGGAUAUGUCGUUCAGGAUGAUGUUGUCAUGGGCACAAUGACAGUGCGGGAGAAUUUACUCUUCUCUGCGGCCCUGCGGCUCCCGGACUCGAUCAGCUUCCAAGAGAAAGAAGAGCGGGUGACCCAGAUCAUCAACGAGUUGGGGCUCAGCAAAGUGGCGGAUGCUAAGGUAGGAACGGAACUGAUCCGAGGGGUAUCUGGGGGGGAGCGGAAGAGGACCAACAUUGGGAUGGAGCUGAUCACAGAGCCCCCAGUCCUGUUCCUGGAUGAGCCAACCACCGGCCUGGACGCGAGCACAGCCAACGCGGUGUUGCUCCUGCUGAAGAGGCUGUCCAGAAGAGGCAGAACCAUAAUCUUCUCCAUCCACCAGCCUCGAUAUUCCAUAUUCAAGCUUUUUGAUAGCUUGACUUUGCUGGCUUUGGGGAAGGUUCUUUACCAUGGCCCAGCCAAUAACGCACUGGAGUAUUUUCGUUCUGUGGGAUAUGAGUGUGAACCUUUCAACAACCCAGCAGACUUUUUUCUUGAUGUGAUCAAUGGCGACUCUACGGCUGUGGCAGCAGAGAAAGGUGGCCAGAAGUCCAUGAAGAGCCACACUGAGACGGAUGGCACGAAUCCUGUGGAGGGGGAGGGGGAGGAGGAGGAGGAGGCCGUGGCAAAGACCGUGGUGGACUCGCUGCAUGAGAAAUACAUCACUUCCAGCCAAUACGAGGACAUGAUGAAAGAGCUCCAAAGAUGGGAAGGUGCCCGAGGGAUCACUCCGAAGAAGUUGAGGCAUGGGACUCAAGUGACAUAUGCAAACGGUUUCUUCACCCAACUCUACUGGGUGUCUCAGCGCUCCCUCAAAAACCUCAUCCGGAACCCUCAGGCUUCCGUGGCACAAGUUCUGGUGACGGUCAUCCUGGCCCUCAUUGUGGGGGCCAUUUUCUUUGGCACGAAGCUUGAUCAGAGCGGCAUUCAAAACCGGGUUGGAUCCUUGUUUUUUGUAACCACAAACCAAUGCUUCUCCAGUGUGUCUUCCAUUGAGCUGUUCAUCAGGGACAAGAAAUUGUUUAUCCACCAGUACACCAGCGGCUACUACCGCGUGUCAGCCUAUUUCCUCGCCCUGAUGUUCGGAGACCUCCUCCCCAUGAGGACCAUGCCUGCCAUCAUCUUUUCGUGUAUCAGCUACUGGAUGAUUGGCUACCAAGCGGAGGCAGGGCGGUUCUUCUUCUUCAUGCUGACAGUGGUGCUCUUGUCCUACACGUCCACCUCCAUGGCCCUGGCCAUCUCUGCCGGGAUGAACGUGGUCGCCAUCGCUAACCUCCUCAUCACAAUUUGCUUCGUCUUCAUGCUGAUUUUUUCUGGAUUAUUGGUGAAUCUUCCCUCCGUGAUGGGUUGGCUGAACUGGUUGAAGUACUUCAGCAUCCCAAGAUACGGUCUGACGGCUCUUGAAGUGAACGAGUUCAGAGGAUUGCAUUUCUGCAGCGAUAAUCCGUCGGACGCCAGUGGAUCCACGUUGAUGACCAGUUGCCCCACAAAUUCUACCCUUGUGCAGACCAUUUGCUCCGGUGAACAAUACCUCUGCGGCCAGGGAGUGGAGCCAACUAACUGGGCUAUGUGGGAGAACAUUGUUGCCCUCCUCUGCAUGAUUGUCAUCUUCCUCACGAUAGCCUACGCCAAACUCCGGUACAUGAAAAAGUUCACCUGA